AUGCUGACUAGACUGCUGACGAUAGCACUGCUGGCAGCGAGCUGGCGCCUUGGUGACGCUUGUUCGUGCUCGCUGGAGCACCCGCAGACACACUUUUGUAACAGUGACUUUGUAAUAGUUGGUCGGGUGCAGCGGUUGUUCAGAGGAAAAGAUUUCUACGACGCGUAUAAAGUGAAAAUUCGAAACGUUUUCAAAGCGACACCAAAAGCGACUUUAGCUUUGAAAUCUGGUCGAAUUCUGACGCCUUCGCAAGAUUCCUUAUGCGGAGUCACCUUGCAGCCUAGAGAGACCUAUGUUAUAACAGGUCGCGUGAUGCACCUGCAAGCACACGUCCAGCUGUGUGGGUAUAUCAGCAAGUGGCGAGAGGUGUCUCCGAGACAAAGGAAAGGCUUCCGUCUACUCUACAGACAGGGUUGCACGUGCAAGGUACACGUCAACCGACGCACGACAAAAUCCCCCAACACAUGUGUCACUGGCUUCGACGAAUGCUACGAGCGACAUGGAAUCUGUUUGCACGACCGAGAGAGGCGAUGCAGGUGGACAAGAGCUCCCGCCCUCACGAGAUGUCUACAGAAGCAACACUUCAGCAAUAACAGCACUAUGACUUGA